AUGGCCUCCGCCGCCGUCUUCCGCCGAUGUCUCCAACUCAUCCUCCUCGCCGCUGCAGCCGCCUGUUCGCUUGCCGACAGCAACUUCGUCAACAAAACCUGUGGAUUCGCCUAUAGCCAAGACUUCUGCUUCUCCAUGCUCAUGUCCGAUCGUCGGAGCAUCAACGCCUCCACCCUGUCCGAGCUCGCCUACAUCGCGCUCGACAUUGGCGCCACCGCCGACAUUCCCUCCACCGUUCGAGUGUUACAACAAAUCGCUGACAAGAAACCCGGCCCGGAUCUGGAGGAUGCGCUGAAUCAGUGCAUAAUGGACUACAACAGCGCCGGCGAGGAACUCGCUGACGCGCGCGACGCCGUCGGCUCCAAGAAUUACAACGACGCCGAUUCUUCCAUCAACUCUGCCUCCGCUACGCCUGAUAGCUGCCAAAAGAUGUUCGUGGAUGUGCAGAUGCCGGCGCCUGUGGCCCAGAAAGGGGAGUGGCUGGGGCAGAGGAUCGACGUCUGCUCCGACCUUGUGAUGGCGCUGAUAUGGUAA